CAGGAGUGAGGAGGAGGUCACUCCUCCAAGACUGAGGGGUGGUAUGGGCAAAUAGGCAGCUGACGGAACAGAGCAGCAUCCUGGUGGAGAGAAGCGGCAGGCAGAGAAAAGUAGAGUCAGAAACAGAGCAACCAGUGAGGCCGAGCCAGGAGAAUGAGAUGACACUCAAGCCAAGGAAUGGGGAAUUAGGAAAUAAUUAGAAAAAAAGCAGAGACAGUAAAAAAGUCAGAGAUAGCUACCUGCACAUACACACGCAUUCAGAGACAGAGACGCAGGGAGUGGCAUACCCAGAGUGAGAAGUGGGGAGAGAACAGGUGUGGGGAGGACCUGCGGAAACAGAGAAAUCUCGAGUCAGAGAUUCAGGGACACUUGGUCCCCUCGGUGAGCCAUGGAAGCAGAAAGGAGGAGCCAGCCAGGGAAGCCGAAGAAGGGGCGAGUCUGCAGCAGCCUCUUGCUGGAGAGACACCCGGCCUCUGGGACCCUGACCACCAUGGUGGACUCGAGUGCUCCACCCUCCAGGAAGCGCCCCGGUGCAAGAGUCGGGAGACCAAGGUUCUCGCCGCAAGGAGGACAGAGGGGCCGCCCGCACUCCCGGCGUCGCCACCGCACCACCUUCAGCGCAGUGCAGCUGGAACAGCUGGAGUCAGCCUUUGGGAGGAACCAGUACCCGGACAUCUGGGCCCGAGAGAGUCUCGCCCAGAACACUGGUCUCAGUGAGGCCCGAAUCCAGGUCUGGUUCCAGAACCGCAGAGCUAAGCAACGGAAGCAAGAGCGCUCACUGCUGCAGCCCCUGGCCCAUCUGUCUCCUGCCACCUUCUCCGGCUUCUUGCCAGGGUCCCCUGCUGGCCCCUACUCCUACACAACGCCACCUCCACCAGUGACCUGCUUCCCUCACCCCUACAGCCACGACUUCCCCUCCCAGCCCUCCACAGGAGGCACCUUUGCUCUGCCACACCAGUCUGAAGACGGGUACCCUACCUUGAACCCAACCCCUGCUGGCUAUCCGCCCCGUCCCCCACCCCCUCCCAUGCUCCCCCUCAGCCUUGAGCCAUCCAAGUCCUGGAACUAAGGUCAAACAAGCACUGCUAAGGUGAUCCCCAGCCUGUGGCUCUCAUGAAAAAACAAGAAAACGGGGUGGCUUCCUUUUCUUCUAUGGGUGAAAGAGAUGUAUGGUGAGGGUCAGCACAGUGAUUGGAAUUUUAAAAAUGGGAGAUCAUGGUGAAUUCUCACUGCAGUGAUUAAUGGAGGAAAUCUGGGGAGGUGAGCUACUGGAAGAGGCAGGGAAAGAUGUCUCCAUGGAGCUGCCUGGUGAAGGGUGAUAUUGACGGAGACAGUUGCUGGUGAGUAGAGAUGACUGAAGGGCUAGGAUGUUGGGCCUUCAUUAACUGAGAUCAUGAUUGAAGAACAUCCCAGCUCUUUCUGGCUGAUUUCAGGAAGGCUUUUGACUUAGAGUCUACCUAUACAUCCCUUCCCCGUUGCCCACCCGCCAUCACAAACACUCACUCACUUUUGUUUAUUCAUCUCUUGAGAGUGUCCCCUCCUUUCCAUUCCAGCAGACCCUUGGCUUUUUCUGGCUCUAUAUUUUCUGACUUAUUGUCCACAUCGAUUCCCUUAGCUCUAGUCUGUCCCACUUCCAACAAACCUGUGGAAUCUCUGAACAUCAAGGAAUGCUCUCCAAUGUCUUAUAAAAAAUACGUAAAUAAGAUUUGAUUGGUUUGGCCCAUAGAAGUCUUCAGCAUCUGCUUCAGACUAACUUUUUAAAUCAGCGGCAUAUUUUAACAUAUGUGGUUUCUGACAGAGAAGAAACCAUUCUAUUUAGGGCAAACAUUUCUAAGACCAAACCAUCUGAGACUGAUAAGGGGUCAUUCCCAGGAAGGGACCUGCCUUGUCUGGAAAUGCCGUGGUCUGAGCCUUCUCAAAAGAAACACCACGGAGCCUAGUUCAUGGCACAAUUUUUAUACCAUAUUGCUUAUGAUGCAUUUAUUUUACUCCUUAUUUACUUAUUUAUAUGUAGGCUUACCUCUCUUAUUGGCAAGAUCACAGAAGAAU